GCACUACCGCGACCAUCUGCUGGGACUGAACGCCUUUCAGCGACACCAGAAGUUCGUCCAUGACUACGUGCGUUUCUACGGCCGCUCGGCAUCCUCCAGCGCUGCACCCACAUUCAAGACGGACCUGGACGUUCUCAGGGAGAGCUACAGGUUCAUUCGGUCAGAGGCGGAUGAUGCAGAGGGCACGUGGGAGCAGAGGCUCGCCAAGCGAUACUAUGAUAAGCUGUUCAAGGAGUACUGUGUUGCGGACAUGAGCCGAUACAAGGAGAACAAGAUUGGCUUGCGAUGGCGCACACAUGCUGAAGUGCUGCAGGGAAAAGGUCAGUUUGUGUGUGGCACUAAAGGGUGUGACAAUAGAGAAGGCCUUCAUAGCUACGAGGUCAAUUUCGCCUACCAUGAGGCCGGGCAGAAGAAACAAGCUCUGGUCAAGUUGAGGGUGUGUGCCAAGCAUGCGUAUCAGCUCAAUUAUCGCAAGGAGAAGGAGCUGGAGCAGCAGCGAGCAGCAGAGGAGCGGGAGAGGGAGAGGGAGGAACGAGAGAGAAGGCAGAAGGAGAAGAAGAAACGGAAGAAGCGAAG